AAAGUGGGAACACUUACCGAUUGCUAUUACAUCCACAUGGAUUAUCCUGCCAAAUAUACAAAAACCAUUGAAUGUUGCUGACCGUUUCAAAAAGGAACAUACAAAUGUAGAGGACCUAAUCAAGUAUAAGAGUGGAGAAAAUGUAGACUCAAAUCACAAUUGUUCAUUAACCAAAAAAACGAAGAACUGAGAUUUUGAGAGAUGGCUAGUGCAAAAAAUAUUGCAACAUUUGCUAAACCCUUCUUCAUGGGAAUGCUAUGUUUGGUUUUACUUUUGACUUCAGGGGGAAUUAUGGGUGUUGCAGGUAAGGAACGGCUCAUCGAGCAGGGGCCAUGUUCCCAGUUCAAGGAUUGCAACCAGUAUUGUCUCGACAAUAAAUUUCCUUUGGGUGGAUUUUGCAAAGAGUUGAUUCCUGGUCAAACUUCCUUCUGUCUCUGCAAAUCCACUUAGGCAUGUUGCAGAUUUUGAGUUUGUACUCCAAUAAAUGGAUGAAUAAAGCUAUUAGAAUCUU